CUCAAUUUAAAUGAAAGACAACAUCACAUCACAACAUGGUUAACCCACCAGUAAUUUUGGUUGUUUACUUACUGAAACUGUCACAGUGAGCCAUUAACAUGGCAGGACACAAACAGGACCCAAAUGCAGUACUGGGGCCGGUAGUUUAUAUAUGAAAAAAAAAAAAAAAUUCACAAAAACCUGCUUCUUCAAAGAUCAGGACAAAACACUCAGCACAGGAACAGACUUGACCAGGAACAGCCUAGAAACAGACACACCAUUGACCAGCUACAACACAAUGAUCCCACAAGGACAGAGUGAGGGAGAGAGGUAUAUAUACAAAGGGCACCAGGGGAAGAGUGAGACUAAUUACAGAGACACAGGUGAGUGUGAUGACACAGAUUACCCCUCACAGCAGACAGCAGGAACAGAAAACACACAGACCUGACAAAAACAUCAUGGCCCACAGUGAGUCUGUUUAUGUUGACAUGCACGUAAAACUGCAAGAAUAAUACUGCAAGUAAACUGGUCAAAAUUAAUAUUUAUAGUUUCAAAAUUGCAAUGGAAUCAAAAUCAUGACCAAACUUUCUGCAGAAAGUAUCCUAGUGCUGUGUUAUAUAAAAGUAAAAUAACCAAUUUUAAAGUCAAAUCAAUAAAAAGUAAUGUGUAAUGUCUAAUUAACUACAGUAUUUAUUACAUUAUUAUUGGUUAUCAUCACUUUGUCUCUAUCAGGACUUCAAGCACAGUAGUCAGACUGGGGGGAAACCAGACAACUUCAUGAAGAAGCAGCAGGGCGGAGAAUCUGACGGCGCUGAGGGAGAUGAAGGAGAAGAAAGUAAAGUUAGACCAAACAAUACGGAGGGAAAUGGAGCGUUGCAGGAGGAUUCAGCUGCUGCCUUUUCCAGGUCUGAAAUGGGAAAGGACAGGAGAGGAAAUGACCACUCAUCAAUCACAUGCAAACAGAGGGAUAAGGGGGAGGAUCGCAGGGCAGAAGGGCAACUAGAGUGUAGGAAAGAACCACAGAAAGGAAGACCAAGCAUAAACACGGCCUUCACCACUCUGCAUCCCUUACCCAGGUCAGCUGCUGAGCAGCGCAGGUCAAUCGACGGCACACUGCCACGGUUACUGACGAGACAGGAAAGCCGGAGCAGAGUUUUAGCCGGAGCUCAGAGUGAGAUAUCCACGUAUUUGACCAAGUUGGUCCAAAAAUCUGGAAGUGAUAGCAACAUUCUGCAGUGUCCCAAGUUCAGGAUGGAGCCCAGACCUCCUGGGAGAUCUGCAAGUCCUCUGGCACACAGAGUAGCCUCCUGUCACCGUUCAAGAACAAGACCACAAGUUGUCCUUGAGUCUCCGAUUUACUGUUCCUCUCCUCAUCCGACCUCUGUGCAACAAAUCCAUUCGUCCAGAUCUUUCCACCUGGAAUCAGCCGUUGAAAGCUCUCUUCCUCCAUCUCAUUCCUCCUCUGAAGCCUUCAUGUACUGUUCUAUGUACAGAAGCACCAUUUCUCCCCUUGGCACAACUCGGAAUAAUCUUUAAAAAUCUCCCAGACCCAGUUCUGUCCGGCAAUGGAAGUAGAAUAUUUAUGUCAUCUUUUAAUCCUGGAAAUGUGUAUUUAAUAUUUCGUUCCGGGUCAUGUGAAUGACUUGAAAGCUAAAUAUAUUUCUUAUACUGUCCCCUUGAUAAUGUACAACUCUGACUGGCUUUGCAAUAAGACUACUUUUUUUUAUCAUUCUUUCCUGGACAUCAAAUUGUGGGCUCCAGGUAGACAGGGAGGCAGCAAUGUCUACGCUGCCAGAGAUUUUUUCCUUCUUCUUUGUCUUCUUCUUCUUUAGCUGACUCCUCGUUAGUAUUAAAGUGCACCAGUUUAUUCCAAAACUGUGAUUUGUCAAAUAUUAAUGUCAUAAACUCCAUCUCAGUCAAUAACAUUCUUGGACCUUGACUCGGUCAUGAGGUAAAAGCUGCAGAGUCUUUGAACAUUUCAGCAGAUCUUGAGCCUGCACACCACCGCUGAGCCACAUUGAUUUUAAUACUUACAGUGUGUUGUUUAUUAAAGACAUGACGCUCUCUUAGAUCUUGGCCUCUUGUAAGACAUUUCACGGUGGAAUGUUUUCAUGGCUGCCCAUCUCUGCUGCAUGUCUCACAUGUGCAUGCUACUAUUGCUCUUUGGAGUGUGAGGAAAUUGAUUUGUUGCAGAGAUAAUACUUUAUGAUGAGGUUUCUCUCAGUAAAUGGGAUCAUUGCUGCAAGUUCUUUCCCUCGCUCUGUUUUCUUUUCAUGUGUCACAGAGGAGACCUUCGUUAUUAGCCUUGUAGCCUGUACAGGCUGCUUCUUUGCCACAGCGUCGACCACAAACACAUGGCAAUUUCUUCAAGUCAGGAUUUUAUACA